AUGAGAACCAACGAGCAAGGACAGAAGAUUGCCUGUUCCAAGUGCCGUGUGGGGCACCGAACAACAGCAUGUGUUGACGCCCCAGGCCACCAAGAUGAAGUGAAGGCGGUCCCCCGAGCUGGUCGUCCAGCCGGUGCCAAGACUAACCCAGUCAGGGUCGCUGAGCAACGGGGACAGAAGAGGAGACGCACGGUGGACAAGCUGCAGGAGGAUCAAGCUGCAGCCUUUCGCGUCUAUGAUCUUCCACGCACGGCUUCUGAACCUGCGCUUGGGGGCUUUAUAGCUCGGAACCCGCAGGUUCCCGUCCAGGUGUACCAGAAUCUGGGGAGCCUUGCAGGCCCUCAUGCUCCUGUCACUUCUGUUGCCCGGCGUUAUACUUUCCCUCCGAAUCCCCUUCCUGCUGGUUUACCUGGACCUGUCACGCAUUCCUUAGAGCAGCCAGUGAACCCUGGCAUAGUCGAUCAUCUCUCGGACGUCGGGUUUGGGAUGUCCAUCCCAAACCCUCCAAAUCCUCCUGUUCCCUCACCGGGCUCUGGUACCAUUAGUAAUCCUCUUUACUUUGGUUUCCGCAAUCCCAUGCCCACCCUUGGUCACCCUUCUGUCCGUCCGUUCCACCCUGCCUCCCCUGCCCCAGUUUCCCAACCUGUCUUGGUCAACCAGCCCGGUGCUAUGGCACCGAACUCUUCAGUCAACAACCCGGUGACGGGAUUUCCUCAAGUUGACAUGAUAGCUCAGGUUGAUCAAGUGGACACCAGGACGCUCCAAAGUCUCCAGGAAAGUGCCAUGGCAGCUGAGGAUUUUGUCCGUCCUGCUCCUUCUAUCCCAUCCCCCGACCUCUUUCCACCUAACAAAGAGGUUCAGGAGACGGUUUCUUGGGACGGGCUUAUCCCUUAUCCCUGA